AUGGCGGCGGCGGCGGCCUACCCUCCAUGGGUAAUCUUCGAGCACUACUGCACGCUUGAGGUCCAGGGCUGCUCCUCCUCCAUCGCCGACACGAACACGCUGGCGCGCUGCCGCACCACCGCCGGUCAUCUCAUCAACGUCUCGCUCUGCCUCGCGGCGCCCCCCCAGGUGUCGCGCGUACGCGUCCAACUUCCUUCCUGCCGGCAUCGUGACGCCCUAUGCCGUAGUCCUCGCGUCACACGGCGACUCGGGGGUCCUCCCAGACGAGGAGAGGCGUCCCGUCGCUACCUGGACACUGAUAGCACCGGCCUCCUGCGCCGUGGCGAGGGCGAUUUCUUGGUGGCAGAGCUCAAGAUGGAGUACGUGAAGGACAGGGACAACAAGGUGCACAAGGAGGCCGCGCUCCACCUGCUCCGGUCCGUCUCCUGCGAGUGGCUUGUCAAGCCGCCUGUGAUCAGCGGCUACGCCGACGCCGGUGAAUGUGUGGACGACAUGGCGUCGUCGUGCCAAAACAACUUUGUUAUCCCCGUCGGCGAACAGAUGCUCUGCUGGGUCGACUUGGCGCGCGGCCUCCUCUUCUCCGACGUCGUGUUCGACGAGAGCCCCAGUCUGCGGCACGUGCCGCUCCCCAAGGAUCCCGAUUUCGGCCUGCGGAGGUGCCGUGCUUCUCACCAUGCCUACGCCAUCCACACCUGGACGCUGAGGAUGGACGUCGACAUGGCCUGGGUGAUGGACGGCAGUCUCGACGCCACCCAGGUCUGGGCCCUCGACGGCUACAAUUGCCUCCCACGCGUCGAGCUGGACAACCCUGUCCCUGUCGUGAGCAUGGACGAACCCGACGCCAUCUGCUUCGAGGACGGUGGUGCGGUAGUUGUGGGACCGUCUCUUGCCCAGCAGGGUCUCCAAGGCCAGCCACCAGGUCCAGCUGCACAAGCAGAAGCUAUGCAAAACUUGAUGAGCUCAAGGAUUAAAAAUAAGCUGCAAGCAAUCGACGACACUACGCAGGCAGCUUCACCGGAGGCGGCGAUCUUGGCCGUGCUUCAAGAGAUACCUGGCUUGGAUCGUGAUGAUAUGAUGAAAGCCUAUCGCAGUCUUCCCCACGACGAUAGUGGCCGCCGAUUCAGAUCCCUUAUGGGGCUGCCAAUGGAUUUGAGGAAGGAUUGGGUGCUGAUGGAGGUCAAAGCCAGUGAAGCUUGUGUUUUGUGCUCUGCAUGUUCAGCAGACAUGCAAAUAAAAGAAUGA